AUGGGCGGCUUCGCUGGUCGGGUGUCCGCGCUGCUCUUCCUCCUGGUCGCCGCCGCUGUAGCAACCGACCAGAUCUUCACCAGUUCAGGUGUGCCAUUUGGGCGGAGUUCGCGUGAGCCAAGGUACCGCGUCGAAUUCCACCCUAUUGAUUCACCGUUCCAUCCGGAGAAUGGUCAGGAAUCGGUACCAAUGGCUAACCAUGAGGGGAAACAUUAUAAGUGCUUUCUACCAGUUGAAGACACCAAAACCAUGAAGUCAAUGCUCCCACAAAAUGCAACUAAUUCUUUAAUAGAAAGUGAAAGGAAAAUUAAGCCAAAGGAGCCAGAUGAAUUACUUGAGAUUCUCAAGGAUCAGUGUUUCUACAGGCAUGAAGGUUGGUGGUCCUAUGAAUUCUGUUAUCAUGGGAAAAUGAGACAGGUCCAUGUAGACAAUGACAAGGCUAUUCAAGAAUUUGUUCUAGGCGAAUUCGAUGAUGACGCCACUGCUGCAUACCAUGAAAAUAGCACCUCUGAGUUAGCUGACGAUGUUCAUCACGUGAAAGAUAUAUCUAAGAGGUAUCAUGUUCACUUGAAUACAAAUGGGACUGUAUGUGAUCUCACAGAAAUUCCCCGGGAGACAGAGGUUAGAUUUGUCUGCUCGGGGCCUACUGUACCGAUUAGUUCAGUCAAGGAGAUCUCUUCCUGCAAAUAUGUUGUAACAAUUCAGAGUCCGAUGCUUUGCAAAAACCCUUUGUUCCAGCAAGAAAAACGAACCCUCUCCAUCCACUGCAAUGAGUUGCCUGCUAAAACAGAAUCCAGUAUGGAGGAUGACUCGCUUCCAAAAGAAGCGCAGAUUUCCAUCAUUCCCGAUCAGGAUGAGCUACAUGAUUUCCCAGCUUAUGCUACAUUAUGUCCCUCCAAUAAUUAUGUCUGA